CAUUCAAUUAAUUUCUGUUAGCUAGAGUAUGAUCUACUAUCUAUCUACCUUACAAAAACUAAUUAAGUUUGAAUAAUAAUAUGUUUUCAGGUUCCAUUCCUUCCUCAAUCUUCAACAUUUCUACAUUGCAAGUAAUUCAGCUAGGGAAAAACAACUUCUCAGGUCAUCUCUCAUCAGAUAUGUUUAAUCACCUUUCUGAAUUACAAUCGCUUGACUUGAGUCAGAAUCAAUUUUCCGGAAGAAUUCCGACAAGUUUAUUCAAGUGCAAAGAGUUACAAUACCUAUAUUUGUCCUACAAUCAAUUGAAGGGGACUGUGCCGGUAGAAAUCCGGAAUUUAACUUGGCUUACGGAGUUGGCUCUCGACCAUAACAACUUCCAAGGUGAAAUUCCACCAAUUAUUGGAAACAUGAGUUUUCUUGGUGUACUGUUUCUUCCCUCUAACAAUUUCACAGGACAACUUCCAUCUCCACCACCUUCAUUGAGAUGGUUCAUGGUUUCAGACAAUAAUUUAGUUGGAGACAUCCCUUCCUCAAUUUGCAAUGUGAGGUCACUUCAAGGUCUCAGCUUGUUUAAGAAUAAUCUCGUUGGAACUAUUCCACAAUGUCUUGGAAACUUAAGCUUUUCCCUUGUAGACUUGGAGUUACAGAUGAAUAAUUUUCAUGGUACAAUACCAGGAAAUUUUUCUGAAGGUUGUUCAUUAAGAAAUUUUAACCUGAAUAGCAACCAGCUGAAAGGGUCACUACCACGAUCUUGGGUUAAUUGUAGAGACUUGAAACUUUUAGAUGUAGCAAACAACAACUUAAAUGACACUUUUCCCCAUUGGUUAGGAAUUUUGGAUAUAGAAAUUCUUGUCUUGCGAUCUAAUAGAUUCUAUGGUCGGAUAGACAAUUUUGAAGUUACAUCUUCGUUCUCUCAUUUGCGGAUCAUUGAUCUCUCCCAUAAUGAUUUCAUUGGCUACUUACCAAUGAAAUUUUUCGAAAAUUUGCAUGCUAUAAGAGAUGCGAACAAAAGGAAAGCAGAGUACAUGAUAGAUUUAUAUGAUGAAGAUCGUUUUUAUGAUAACUCAGUAUUGAUUACGACGAAAGGGUUGGAGUUACAAUUCAUUGACAUCUUAACCACUUUCACAGCAAUAGACUUUUCAAGUAAUCGAUUCGUUGGACAAAUUCCUGAAGUACUUGGAGAACUUCAUUCCCUUUUAGUCCUCAACCUUUCUCACAAUAGUUUAACAGGUUCUAUCCCAUCAGUGUUAGGGAAUUUGUCAGCACUUGAAUCAUUAGAUCUCUCGUCAAACAAGCUCCAAGGAAGAAUUCCUCAAGAACUAGUGAAUAUGAUAUUCUUAGAGGUAUUAAACCUAUCUCAGAAUCAUUUUGUGGGACAGAUUCCUCAAGGCAAUCAGUUUGGUACUUUCUCAAAUGAUUCCUACAUUGGGAACUUGGGUUUAUGUGGACUUCCUUUAUCAAAAAAAUGCGAUGAUGAUCAGAAUUCGGAAACUCAUCCAAUAAAGUUUGAUGAAGAUGAUGAUACCACAAGAGAAUUGAAUUGGAAAUUUUCUAUAUUGAUGGGUUAUGGAUGCGGAUUGGUGCUGGGACUGAGCAUGGGAUACAUUGUAUUUACAACUGGAAAACCAUGGUGGUUCAUUAGGAUCAUUGAAAGAGUUCUGCAAAAAUAUAUUACAGGGAAAAACCGAAGAAGACAAGGAAGAAAACAACACAACUAAUACUCUUAGAUUUUAUGUGUUGCAGUAAGGAUACUCCAAGGGAGGCCUAUUUCUAACAGAUUGGCAAAUGGGACAUUCUUGAUAAGAAUUCAAGAAGGGAGAUUUUUCAAGUCCGGUAGGAUAUCCUAUAUUGUUAUACAUUAAACAUCGUUGUUUUUUAGGUUACUGUUUGUUUCCAGUUUGUUGGAUUAUAGUGACUAGUUUCUGCUGUAAUAUUACUCCAUAAAUUCUACAGUGCUUCCCUAUAACAAUGAUAUGCAACUUCCUUUGCACAUUGUUAUCUUCAAUAAAGUUAAUGAGCACUAACUUCAAAUUUUGAAUGAUUUUUUUUUUCAUUUUUUUCAAAUCUUUUUAACCAAGGAAAACAAUCAUUUGCAGUUCAAUUACAGCUUUCCAAAGAUCUGAUAGAAUAUGAUA